AUGUCGGCAAUCGGAUCCAUCUUUCGCCCUUUCCAAGCCACCUACAGGUACAUGCAAUGGGCAGCUCACGAGAAGCCAGAGAUCUUCUUUAGUGUUCUGAUCGGGAGCGUUGGUCCCGUCUUGGUUGUUACAGUGCCCCCUUUGAGGAGACGCUAUGGUUACAUUCCGGCCGAGCCCAUUCCUUCCAGCUUCCCAGUCCCACAACGGGCAAGAGAAGAGGUGACGGAGUACGACGAUGAGUAG